AUGAACGACGGUCGUUGGCAGCAGCACGCAGCUUCGCCGGGGCCGCCUCCGCAGGCACCAAUGAUCAAUCAGCCUAACGGGAUGUUUCAAGGAAUGCCAGUCCCUCCGCCACAAUUGCUUCAGAACAACCAGAUUUUGUGGCAACAGCAGCAGCUCCAGAAUUUGCAUCACAGGCUUGUUCGCCUGGAAGGGCAACCGCAGCAGCCAGCUCGUGCUGGACCAGCCGUGAUUCCUCAGGGGUCCCUGGAAGGACUCACUAACGUGCUGACCAUCAAAUACAGGCCUCAAAGGAGUGGCCUUUUUCUAAACAGUUUGACUCUGUUUUACAGAAAUGCGUUCCGAUUCAUAAUCAGGGAGAUUGGAAUGGGAAACCGCGCCUUCAAUACUGCUGGUUUUCUGGUGACGGUCUUUUUGGACAUGCUCACAGCAGCCUUUAAUCUUCGAACAGGUCAAAACAUUCGUGGUGUCACUGUGUGGGUGGAGUUGGAGCGCGUUGUGGGCGGUCCCGGCAGUUUGCCGCAUCCUGAUUGGCAAGAUGCGGCCCACCUCGGUGUCGUGCGACAGUUGCAUGUCAUCAACUUUGUUGUUGCAAGCCGAGCUUGCCUGCUUCAUGACAUUGCUAAUGCCAGAUGCAAAAACAGGCGUCGCAGUGGAGGUAGACUAAUGGCCGUGGUGGACCGCCCCAACGCGGAAGUCCCAGCGACAAUUCGUCAGAGUCACCACCAGCAGGCGAUCCUCAAGGUGCAGGUGGUGACAACGAGGCAGUGGAAGGCGGCGGUUCCGUGACUGGAAAUGCGGCCCAAGCGCCAUCCAAUGUCUCGUCUGAUGAUGAGGAUAGUUGGGCUGAUGAUUUUGUGUCGACGUUUCUGGAGACAGCGUGAAACAUCCUUUUUU